AUGCUGAACAGGUGGGUUCCUUCGUCUUACCAUACGGGAAAGGCACAAGGAACGGCGGAAGGGUCAAAAGCAUGGCGCGGCGUUUUUGCUCUGGGCGUGGCACAUGAGGCGAAUAAGAAUUCGAACGCUUUUCCUACGUAGGAUCAGAAAUCGUUUGAAAAACGCAAAAAAUGGUGACUCGUGACUUUUUGCUAUCAAGGGAGGUAAUUUUGGAAAAUUUUCGACCGCAAAUAAAAAUGACCUUUCCUUGUAAGGCUUUUUUGCGAAUGCUUCAAAACUAUUUGCUAAUUCUUCAAAAUUAUCACCGAAAAAGUAACUCAGCUGCCUGAAAAUGUAUGUUUCAGACCAUGGAUUUUAUACUGGUUUUUUGAUUGAAAUUAUUGAAAACUUGUUGAUAUAAUGCUUUAAAAAGCAUCAAAAACGUGGAAAAAGUCGGAUAGGCUUGAUGAGAGUAAAAUACCCUGCUAGUAAUCAAGAAAAAGAGAGCGUUUCUUAAGAGCUGGGGCGAUGGGUAAUGGGUAUCGAAAGCGCAUGAUCCGCCGCUGGUUUUGCGCAACGUGCAUCUGCCAGGUGAGCCCAAACACGACCUCUCAUAAAACGUGAAUUAUCACUGUCGCGCACAAAAAGAACCUUCUUGGCUUUCUUAAUUCAGACAAUCGAGAGAGGUUUCCAAAUGGUGCCGAUAUUACCAUGCAGAACAAAAAUAAAAGAAAAGUUUCAAAAACAAGUAUCUUCAGAAUUGUUCUGUUUUUCAGUGAUAUGACAUAUUGUGAAAGUGGCUGAGCGUGAUUGACAGCUGUUAAAAACUGUUCGCCUUUGCGUGGGAGAUAUAGUUUGGGAACGGCUUUCGAAAUAUUUAUGAUGAUCAAAAUCGAACAGUUUUUCUUAUCUUAAUAAGGUUAUUUUUGAUGGAUCAUUUUUCGAUUGGUUUGCCCUUUUUCUGAUUGUAUUUUUCUGAUUGAAACUCAGUAAUGGGGAAUAAGAUUUCAUGAUUAACAUCGUCGCCCUGUCUUCAACUUUUUUUUUCAGAAUCGACUCAUCCACCUCUAUUGCCCAUACUAUGAAAAUUUUUGGCCUAAUUCCGCUGCAGUUAAAAAUUUAAAAAGCAAAAGUAAGAUUUGAAAAACUUGAAAAUCACUCUAAUGAAGGUGGAUCUGAAGUCUCUAAAUUGAAAUUUGGGCUCAUAUUUGAACGAAGGUUUUUUUUUGCAAAGGAUUAGUCAUAAUCGGUUGGCGCCUUGUUUUUAUAAGAAUAGUUUUUUUUUCAAAAAUAACACAGUGAGAUUAUAGGCAGUCGAUACGCUGAUGCAGCACUGAUGAAACCGCGAAACCGUGUGGCCAAAAAAAAUAAAUAAAGAACAGAAUGAUUCAGAGAAUGUUUUUAGCGACGCCAGACAUAUAAUCGACGGAAGAUUUGAUCAGGCGAUCAAAAGACUCGAUAGCCGCGUCGGCGCGCAUUUGAUUUCUUGGCUCACACAGAGACCAAUUAUCAAAGGCUGCUUGGGAACUCGUCAUCCGAUAUCCCAACUGAUGAUGGAUGGAUACUAG